GACAGUUAGCAUGACAGCAUAAAAUGCACGAAUUGUGCAAAUUUGAUGAAUUAUGGCAAAAUUUGAUGAAUUAUAACCAAUUAAAAAUGAACCCGAUUGAAUUGUCUAUUGAUCUUUUUUUUAAGGUUUAUUUGCCGAAAAAUCUUUUUUGGGCCGAAAUAAUAAUUAGAGCACUUUAUUAUUUGUUUGUUAGCUAUGCCAUUAUCAUUUCAAUAAUUAUCAUUAUCCAUUUCAAUAAUUAUCAUUAUUUUUUCAAUAAUAUGAUUGGUGUAACAUAUGACGCAAUAGUAUCUCAGAUAAGAAAUGCUUAUUUUUUGUAUAAUAAACGCCAGACCUUUCAUCAUCAUUACGUAUAAAAAGAGUAUUUGUAAUGGAUGAUAUUAUUGAUUAUUAAUUAUAAAAUUUUUUUCCAAUUUUUUCUUAAGCAUCAUUAUAACAAAAAAAAAAA